CCAAAGAGCUGCUUCUUGAACCAACAGAAAACACUGCAGAAGAGAAGCCCUUACAGGCAUGAACAUUAAGCCAACAUUAGUUCGAGUUUAAACUAUUUAUUUAGUUAGUUUGGGGAAUUAAACCUGUUGUGUUUCACACUGUGGGGUGUUAAAGCAGCUUUCUGUGUACAGAAAUGUUAGGAGACAGAACCCAGGAUCCUGAUGACGUCCAGCUGUGUGAGGAGAUUAAAACCGAGCGUUCAGACGGAGGAACAGAAAUCUGUGUGAAGAAAGAGGAGAAGCCGAACAUCUACAACCACGGACAUGACUUCAGUAACACACCUGAAGUUAUCUCUAUUAAAGAAGAAGCUGAACCUGAGGACCAUCUCUACUGUGAGGUCUGUAAAUCUUCCUUCUUCAACAAGUGUGAGGUUCACGGCCCAGCGCUCUUCAUCCCUGAUACCCCUGUUCCCAUGGGGGUCACUGACCGAGCCAGACAAACUCUUCCUCCUGGACUAGAGAUUCGGAAAUCUGCUAUUCGUGACGCAGGUCUGGGGGUGUUUAAUAAGGGGGAGACCGUUCCAGUCGGGGCGCACUUUGGGCCGUACCAGGGUGAGCUGGUGGACCGAGAGGAAGCCAUGAGCAGCAGAUACUCCUGGGUGAUCUACAGGAGCAGCGAGUGUGAAGACUAUUUAGAUUCGAAGAAGGAGAGGUUUGCUAAUUGGAUGAGAUAUGUGAAUUGUUCGUACAAUGAUGAAGAACAGAAUCUGGUGGCGUUUCAGUAUCGAGGGCAGAUUCUGUACCGUUGUUGUCGACCCAUCCGCCCAGGAGAGGAGCUGUUAAUGUGGUAUGAAAAGGAAUAUCCCAAAGAUAAAGACCCGUCGUUUCAGCAGCUCUGGGACAAAAAGUGCUCUUCAAACGAAGUCCACAGUUCACCGUUACAAGUCGUCUCCUGCUCCUUAUGUUCACUUUCCUAUACAUCUCAGAUUUAUCUCGACAAGCACGUGAGGAGAUGUCACUACGAUGAUUAUGUGAGACUUAAUAAAUCGAGAGAGAUUAAAAAUGAGACCCCGAAGCCUGUAAAGUGUUCAGUUACUCAGCAAACAUCUGGGACGAUCAGUUCCAGCAAAAGUCACAACGUUAUGAAAAAAGAUGUUCACCACUGCUCCGAGUGCGGGAAGGGUUUUACACAUCCGAGUUCUCUGCUGCGACACCAGCGUAUUCACACAGGAGAGAGGCCGUAUCACUGUACACAGUGUGGGAAGAGUUUUACUGAACACAGUGCGCUCCAACUGCACCAGCGCAUUCACACAGGAGAGAGGCCGUACCACUGCUCCGAGUGCGGGAAGAGUUUUAUUCACCCCAGUAAUCUCCGUAAACAUCAGCGCAUUCACACAGGAGAGAAGCCAUAUUACUGUCCUCAGUGUGGAAAGAGUUUUACUCAGCAGAGUAAUCUCCAGCAACACCAACACAUUCACACGGGGGAGAAACCGUAUCAGUGCUCACAGUGUGAGAAGAGCUUUAAUCGCCAGAGUCAUCUCAAACUACACCAAAGCAUUCACACAGGAGAGAAGCCAUAUCACUGCUUCUGUGGGAAGAGUUAUAAUCACCGUUCUGGUCUUCACAAACACCAGCAUGUUCACACAUGAGAGAAGCCUCAGGGAUGAAGUUCUGAUGGACAGGAACUCCACAGGAACUCCACAGGAACUCCACAGGAACUUCACAGGAACUCCAAAAACAGCAGUGCAUUCACACUGGGAUAAAGACAUAUCACUGCUCAUAGCAUGUCACCUCUUCUGCCUUUGUCUUAGGGAGUUUUUCCUCACCACUGCAGUAUGCACUUGACCUUCUGAGAUAAUGAGGAAGAAACCUUGAGAGGAACCAGACUCAGAACCUCAUCCACAUUUGGGUGACACUGGACAGGACAUAAUGCACAUGUAAAUAAUGUCCUUUCUACAACAGUUUAUAGUGCAGCCGAGAUCCUGAGGAACUGAUGUAGUCAUUUGUGACACCACUUCUGGUGUGUGACUGUCUUUGUAAUAUCUUUUCUACAAGAAUUGUGUAUUGUUAUUAGUGUGACCAAAAGCUACCAACAGGUCCGAGUCCAUUACAGUUCAUUAAAAACACAAGACUUA